AGUAGAUGGCAAAUGGGUGAUACAUCGAAGUGAUAUGGAAUUAUAUAUGUUGGAGUUUGGUUUUCAAUGUGACUCAUUUUGGUAAAAACGAGAAAUAGUUUUGCGUGUAUUUUAUUAACGAUUCCAUAAGUUCUAAACCGUAGUCUUUUCAUGAAGAAUUGAUUUAUUUGAAAUAACCAAAAUGUCAGACCACUUCGGCCCAAUAACUCUGAAAUGGGAUCCCAAAAAUUUAGAGAUCCGUACUAUGUCUGUAGAAAAGACAUUGGAACCUUUAGUUUUACAAGUAACUACACUUGUAAAUACAAAGGGUCCCAGCAAGAAGAAAAAAGGAAAGUCAAAAAGAGCUAGUGCUUUAGUUGGAACUGUAGAAAAAGCAACUAGCAAUUUUAUUGAAAAGGGUGAACAAAUAGCUUAUGAAAAUCCUGAUAUUACUGCAGAAAUGUUAAGUGCUGUUGAGGAAGUAAGAAAAACAGGUGCUGCAAUGAGCAUUGCUGCCAGAGAAUUCUCAGAAGAUCCUUGUUCUUCUUUGAAAAGGGGCAAUAUGGUUCGUGCAGCAAGGAAUUUGUUAUCUGCAGUGACACGUUUGCUUAUUUUAGCAGAUAUGGUUGAUGUACAUUUAUUACUGAAAUCAUUACAUGUAGUAGAAGAUGAUUUGAAGAAAUUAAAGAAUGCAUCCUCACAAGGAGAAUUAUUAGAAAAUAUAAAACAAUUUGGAAGAAAUACAUCAGAGCUUAUGAAUCAAGCUGCAAAACGUCAACAAGAGCUAAAAGAUCCCCAAUUAAGGGAUGAUUUAGCUGCAGCAAGAGCUGUUCUUAAAAAGCAUUCUACUAUGCUACUUACUGCCUCCAAAGUUUAUGUUCGACAUCCUGAGCUAGCUGCAGCAAAAGCAAACCGUGACUAUGUUUUGAAACAAGUAUGUGAAGCUGUAAAUACCAUCAAUGAUGUGGCACAAGGGAAAACUCCAGUUGACAGUCAACAUCCUUAUGAAGGGCCUGGAGAAUUGGCUGCUGCUUUAGAUGAUUUUGAUGAAAGAAUGGUAAUGUCUCCACUUGCAUACAAUGAAGUACGUACAAGACCCAGUCUUGAGGAAAGACUGGAGAGUAUUAUCAGUGGUGCUGCACUGAUGGCAGAUUCUUCUUGCACUCGAGACGAGCGUAGAGAACGCAUUGUUGCAGAAUGUAAUGCAGUUAGGCAAGCACUUCAAGAUUUGCUGAGUGAAUAUAUGAAUAAUUUACAGCUUGCUCGGGGUGGGAAAAGGAUGGGUGUUAAAGAACAAUCAGAAGGUUUGGAAAGAGCAAUUGAUCAUAUGUGCCGAAAAACUCGCGAUCUUCGUAGACAAUUACGAAAGGCCGUAGUGGAUCAUGUGUCUGAUAGUUUUCUGGAAACUAGCGUACCUUUGCUGGUCCUCAUUGAAGCUGCAAGAAAUGGCCGUGACAAAGAAGUAGAAGAGUAUGCUCUUGUUUUUACAGAACAUGCUAAUAAACUAGUCGAGGUUGCCAAUUUAGUGUGUAGUAUGUCAGGAAACGAAGACGGUGUAAAAAUGGUUCGUUAUGCGGCAGCUCAAAUUGGAAAUUUAUGCCCGCAAGUGAUUAACGCAGCACGUGUACUGGCAGCUCGUAAUCGAUCUAAGGUAGCCCUAGAUAACAUGGAAGUAUUUCGACAAGCAUGGGAAAAUCAAGUGAGAGUAUUAACAGAAGCCGUCGAUGAUAUUACUACCAUUGAUGAUUUCUUAGCUGUAUCUGAGAAUCAUAUCUUAGAGGACGUAAAUAAAUGUGUACUAGCAUUGCAAGAAGGUGAUGCCGAUACCUUAGAUAGAACCGCAGGUGCUAUCCGCGGAAGAUCUGCCAGAGUUUGUAAUGUUGUUCAAGCAGAAAUGGAUAAUUAUGAGCCUUGUAUUUACACAAAACGAGUUUUAGAAGCCGUGAAAGUUCUAAGGGAACAAGUGAUGCCGAAAUUUGCACAGAGAGUAGAAGUCGCGGUAGAUGCAUUGGGCAGUAAUCCCGCUAAAGAUGUGGAUGAGAAUGAUUUUAUAGAUGCAUCCAGACUAGUCUACGAUGGAGUUCGUGAAAUUAGACGUGCAGUUUUGAUGAACAGAGCGGACGAGGACUUAGAUCCAGAAGAUGUUGAACUUGAUGAACAUUAUACAUUAGAAACUCGAAGUAAAUCGAGUGCUCAAACUGGUGAGCAUGGUGUGGAUGAAUACCCAGAAAUUAGCGGUAUUACAACAGCUCGUGAAGCUAUGCGUAAGAUGCCAGAAGAAGAUAAACAGAAAAUCUUACAACAAGUAGAGUACUUUAAGAGUGAGAAACUGAAGUUCGAUAAAGAAGUUGCCAAAUGGGACGAUGCAGGAAACGAUAUUAUUGUUCUUGCAAAGCAUAUGUGUAUGAUAAUGAUGGAGAUGACAGAUUUUACUAGAGGUCGCGGACCUCUGAAGACAACUAUGGAUGUCAUUAACGCAGCAAAGAAAAUUUCCGAAGCUGGAACGAAAUUAGAUAAGUUAACAAGACAAAUAGCAGAUCAGUGUCCAGAAAGUUCUACUAAGAAAGAUCUUCUGGCAUACUUGCAACGUAUAGCAUUGUAUUGUCAUCAAAUGAAUAUUACAAGUAAAGUUAAAGCAGAUGUACAAAAUAUUAGUGGAGAAUUAAUUGUAUCUGGACUUGACAGUGCAACUUCCUUAAUUCAAGCAGCAAAGAAUUUAAUGAAUGCGGUAGUUCUUACUGUUAAGGCUUCAUAUGUUGCAUCAACAAAAUAUCCUCGACAAUCUACAGUAACCUAUUCUCCAAUCGUAGUCUGGAAAAUGAAAGCACCAGAAAAGAAACCAUUAGUACGUCCGGAAAGACCAGAAGAAGUUAGGGCAAAAGUACGUAAAGGUUCACAGAAAAAAGUGCAAAAUCCAAUACAUGCGCUUUCCGAAUUUCAGAGUCCUACAGAAAGUGUUUAAAGUUUUAUGUGUAAGUAAUUUAAUAAAAAUGGAACCUAGUAUACA